AAGAACCAUUCUCCGCCACGUAUUGCUUCUCCACCGUUACGCUCGCAGUCGCGUUCGCUGCUCUGUCUAACUUAUCUAUUGCGCUGUCGGGCUUUAUCCGCCAUCUCUUCGUGCUUCUCCACAUUUUGCAUGGGCGCUGACCACUGAUGAAGAAAGGGUGGCUGGAGAAGAGGGUGAUAUACCAAGCAACAUUAGAGCGUUGAACUCACUCAGGAUGCCCAAAGCUUCAUUGAAAGGAUCCCCACGAAAGUUUAUUUCUCCACCAUAAUGAAAUGAGAAGGCAUGGACUGUUCAAACAACUCGUGGGGGACCUCUCUUUCAUCGACUCCACGCCCUUUGCAAAGCUUCUUGAUUCUUGUGCUUGUUCCAAGUCUAUACGCGAUACACGUCGCGUUCAUGCCCAUAUCAUUAAAACCCGGUUUUGCUCAGAAAUUUUCAUGCAGAAUAGGCUCAUCGAUGUGUAUGGAAAAUGUGGUUGUUUGGAAGAUGCUCGGAAGGUGUUCGAUAGAAUGUCUGAGAGAAACACAUUUUCUGGGAAUUCCAUCAUUUGUGUUUUAAUGAAGGCGGGUUUACUUGAUGAGGCUAUGCAGAUUUUUGAGAUGAUGCCUGAUCAUGACCAAUGCACUUGGAAUUCUUUGGUCGCGGGAUUUGCCCAGCACAAUUGGCAUGGAGACGCAUUGGAAUGUCUUGUUAAGAUGCAUGGGGAGAAUUUCAUGCUAAAUGAUUACUCUUUUGGUAGUGCUCUUAGUGCUUGUGCAGGAUUAAAAGAUUUAAGAAUGGGUAUUCAAAUCCAUGCAGUGAUAUCAAAAUCUCGUUAUUCUUCAAAUGUUUACAUGGGAUCUGCUCUGAUCGAUAUGUACUCUAAAUGCGGGAGUGUAACUUGUGCACAAAGAGUUUUUGAUUGGAUGGAAGAGCGGAACAGAGUUUCUUGGAACAGCUUGAUUAGCUGUUAUGAGCAGAAUGGUCCAGCAAGUGAAGCCAUUGACGUUUUUCGAAGGAUGAUGGAUAGUGGAGUUGAACCAGAUGAGGUGACUCUAGCCAGUGUGGUAAGUGCAUGUGCGAGUUUGUUGGCGGUAAAAGAAGGCCUGCAAAUUCAUGGUCGUGUUAUGAAAUGUGAAAAAUUUAGAGAUGAUCUCAUUUUGGGCAAUGCAUUGGUCGAUAUGUAUGCGAAAUGCGGCAGAAUUGAUGAAGCGAGAUGGGUUUUUGACAGGAUGCCAAUCAGGAAUGUGGUCUCUGAAACCUCCAUGAUUAGUGGUUAUGCCAAAGCAGCGGGUGUCAAAGCUGCAAGGCUAAUGUUUACAAAGAUGACAGAGAGGAAUGUGGUUUCUUGGAAUGCACUUAUUUCGGGGUACACACAGAUUGGGGAAAAUGAAGAGGCUCUCUCACUCUUCCUCCUUCUAAAGAGAGAGUCGGUAUGGCCAACGCACUACACAUUUGGAAAUCUGCUUAAUGCGUGUGCAAAUCUUGCUGAUCUGCAGCUUGGUAAGCAGGCUCACACUCAUGUCGUGAAGCAUGGGUUUCGGUUCCAAGCUGGGGAAGAGCCUGAUAUUUUUGUGGGGAACUCUCUAGUAGACAUGUAUAUGAAAUGUGGGUCAAUUGGAGAUGGGUGCAGGGUUUUUGAAAAUAUGGCCGAGAGAGAUCACGUCUCAUGGAAUGCAAUGAUUGUAGGGUAUGCACAAAAUGGUUAUGGGGCUGAAGCUCUUGGAAUAUUCAGCAGAAUGUUGGCAUCAGGGGAACAACCAGACCAUGUCACAAUGAUUGGUGUACUAUGUGCUUGCAGCCAUGCAGGACUUGUCGUGCAAGGACGUCAUUAUUUCCGCUCAAUGACCGAAGACCAUAAUUUGGUACCGCUGAAAGACCAUUAUACGUGUAUGGUUGAUCUACUUGGUCGAGCUGGUCAUCUCGACGAAGCAAAAAAUCUAGUAGAGUCGAUGCCAAUGCAGCCUGAUGCGGUUAUUUGGGGGUCUUUGCUUGGUGCUUGUAAAAUUCAUCGUGACAUUGACUUAGGGAAGUAUGUGGCAGAAAAGCUCUUGGAAAUAGACCCUACGAAUUCCGGUCCUUAUGUACUUUUGUCAAACAUGUACGCAGAGCUUGGAAGAUGGGGUGAUGUUGUUAAAGUAAGGAAGCUGAUGAGGCAAAGAGGAGUUAUCAAACAGCCCGGUUGUAGCUGGAUUGAACUAAAGGGCCGUGUACAUGUAUUCUUAGUGAAAGAUAAGCGACAUCCGAAAAGGAAAGAAAUCUGUUCAGUCGUUAAAUCCCUUUUAAAACAGAUGAAGAGAGCUGGGUAUGUCCCGAAUCCCUCUGGCUCUGAUUAUGAGGCUUACGAAGAACAGUGUGGCUCUGAAUUCAGCUCAUGCUACAUAAUGGAUAUGCCACAAGAAGCUACUGCUGGGUAA